AAGAAAACGACGAGACCAAGAAAAUCAAAGAAGAGAGUGAGAAAAGAAAUUACACCUGUAGCCAAACACUGCUCUCUGUUACUUCUCUCCUUCCUUGCAUUCUCCCUUCAAAUACGGAGAACGAGAGCGAUAGAUUCCAAUCGUUGUCUUUGUUGCAUUUGAGAGAGAGAUGCAGAAGCGCAGGUUAAGGUCCGUUCUCCGGCUAUCCCUCCUCCGCCUGCUGCUAACGUGCGCCAUAAGCACAAUAGCCCUCGCGGCUCUGCUCGCAGUUCACAUCUUCCCUUCCUCUAAAGUGCAGCUCCCCAAGCAAACACACGAAAGCGGUUUCCGUAAAUGGAGCAGCGAGCUGAGCUGGACUCGGGAGUUCUCUCCGCCCCCAUUGUCCAAAAUACCCCUGCCGUCACAGAAGUUGGAUGCUGCAAAGAGGUCGGAAUUCCAGAAGCUGUGGAAGCCUCCGCCGAAUCGUGGUUUCCUGCCCUGUGUAGAGCCCAGCGAAUCGUAUUUGCCUCCUACAGAAUCGCGGGGCUACUUGCUCGUUUACACCAAUGGUGGGCUUAACCAGAUGCGAGCAGGGAUAUGCGACAUGGUAGCAGUUGCCCGUAUCAUAAAUGCCACCCUCGUUAUUCCGGAACUUGAUAAAGAGUCAUUUUGGCAAGAUUCUAGUAACUUCUCGGAUGUCUUUGAUGAAGAACAUUUUAUAAGUUCUUUGGCUAACGAUGUUAAAGUCAUAAAGAAACUUCCAAAAGAACAGGCAACAAGCAUUAAAGCUGUUAAACAUUUUAGAAGCUGGUCUGGAGUAGAAUACUACCAAGAUGAGAUAUCUGAUAUGUGGGAUGAGUAUGAGGUUAUUCGAGCUGCUAAAUCUGAUUCUCGCCUUGCAAAUAAUAAUCUUCCUCCAGACAUUCAGAAGCUGCGCUGUCGUGCUUUUUACGAGGCACUUCGUUUUGCCCCUCAGAUUGAGGCGUUAGGAAAAUCAUUGGUGGAGCGAAUGAGAUCAUAUGGUCGUUACAUUGCUUUACAUCUGCGUUAUGAGAAGGACAUGCUUGCUUUUAGUGGAUGCACAUAUGGUUUGUCCCCAGCAGAAGCAGAUGAGCUAACCAAAAUCAGGGAAAACACAGCAUAUUGGAAGGUGAAGGAUAUUGAUUCCAGGGAACAAAGGACCAAGGGGCAUUGUCCUCUAACUCCGAAGGAGGUCAGGAUGUUCCUUACUGCUCUAGGAUAUCCAUCAAACACCCCCAUAUAUAUUGCUUCCGGGGAGAUCUAUGGUGGUGAAUCUCACAUGGCUGAUCUUGAUUCCCACUUUCCAAUAUUAAUGAGCAAGGAAAAAUUAUCAUCAGUGGAUGAGCUGGAACCUUUCAUGCCUUAUGCAUCUCAGAUGGCUGCACUAGACUACAUUGUGUCAGUUGAGAGUGACGUUUUUGUUCCUUCAUACUCUGGGAAUAUGGCAAGGGCUGUUGAGGGUCACCGCCGUUUUCUUGGCCACAGGAAAACAAUUUCUCCUGACAGAAAAAAACUGGUUUGCCUGUUUGAUAAGAUAGAAAGGGGAUCACUCAAAGAAGGCAAAAAGCUAUCCGAUCUGGUUGUGGAAAUCCAUAAAAGGAGACAAGGGUCGCCACGGAAGAGAAAAGGCCCUGUUUCUGGAACAAAGGGUAUGGACAGGUUCCGAUCUGAAGAAGCAUUUUAUGAGAACCCUUUACCAGAUUGUUUGUGUUGGAAGGAAAUGCCUGCUAGAAACAGUUCUUUGGCAACGAAAUAGAUUAUAAUACUAAAAAAUAUAUCAAAUCACUUGGAAGCAAUCUUGAUCGUCUUCAGCCACUGGCUUUGUUGCAUAUUCAUUGCUUAUUUAUUGAAGCUCCUGGAGCUGCUUACGCCAUUCUAGUCGAGCUGUGCGACGAUGUAUAUUUUGAGUGUAUGUAACAGGAAGGUAAAAUUCAAGUGUAAAUGACAACCCACGGCAACACGGCAGUGAUAAUGGUCGUUGGGUUAGGUUAGUGUAAGGGGGGGAGGGCAACCAUGGAGAGGAAGGGCCUUUCAUUUGUGUAUGUGUAGUUGGGUCAGGCAGCAGAUGUAUACAACUGGAAAUAUAUAUAUAUAUAUAUAUAUAUAUAUAUAUAUAUAUAUAUAUAUAUAUAUAUAUAUAUAUAUAUAUAUAUAUAUAUAUAUAUAUAUAUAUAUAUUCCCAUGUAUUUGUUACAUCUCACUUGGUUGGGUGGUUAUAGAGAUGAAUAAAAAGAGACUGAUGUUUCUUCCUAUGCAACAUGCACCUCUUGUUUUUCAAUUAUAAUUUACAAGUACAUUUCAUUGCUAACGUAUAUUCUCUCACCAUUUUUUUAUUUUUUUUUUCAGUGUGUUUGCUGGGAUGGUAUGAAAUUUCUUGGCUUUCAAGCACAGCAUUUUUGGUGCUGUUGAGCAAAAGAUCCCAUCCCAGCAGACUCUGGAUUAGGCAAUAUGAUGCUGUUGGUUCUGAUAGUCCAGUGCGUGGACCACCUUGGAGGUCCAUUCCCAGAAGCCUUGCUGAUUGAAAGUGCAUACAUAGAUACAGCAUGGAAAGAAACGCUCUUAUAAGCAACAGUCCCAUCCAUAAAUUGUUUUUUCUUAUCAGCUGAUGCAUUAGGUGGCUUUCAAUCAGGCCAGAUGAAUUCACAUAUACACCAAUAUUAAUUAGAGGUUACUGUUUGAUA